UUGAAGAUGUUCACUGUAACGAUGGUAGGAUUCCCAUGGAAUCACCCUCUACUGUACGUGAACAAACAGAAAGAAAAAAAAAGAAAUGUAAUAUCUAAUUGAUGUCUUCUUUAUUAAAAAACAAAUCGAAUUAAUAAGAAAGAAGAAUAGUGAGAAAUAUGAUUUGCAUUUUUUUCUAAUCAUCAAAUCAAUCAAUGAUCAUUCAAAUAAAUGAAUUGUUUUCAAGACUUAGUGAUGUAGAAAAAUAAUGAUUGCAGAACUUACUCGGUUUCUUUUUUCAAAGAGGAAUGAUAAAAUCUAAGAGAAAAAAUAAUUCAAUUAAUACAUUCAACUAUUCUUCUUUGCUAAAACAUCUGAUCUACACUGUUGAAAACUACUAAUCUAUAGGUUAAAAAAGUAAAAGAACUCCGAAUUUUAUGGCUUUGUUGAAAGUCAUAUGCACGAUCUUCCUUUUCAUAAUAGAUUAUAACGUAAAAACCUUUAUAAUUGAAGAUAAACAACACUAUUAUGUGAAUUUUUUGUAAAUCAAUGAAAUUUUUCUUGUUGACAAUGAAGUGCAGUUUUUAAAGUACUUAAAGUCAAUUUUUUAUUACCUUUCAUGCAAAUUAAGUGUCAUCAAAUUCAACUGAUGAAAGGGUCAAUACGAUACGAAAACAUCAUAAUCCCAUUUAUUGUAACCAGUAGAUUUCGUUAAUCCACACCAAUAUUUUUAUUUUUUCUAUUUGAUAACUGUCUUAUUUAUUCAGUGGCGUAAUAAAAUGAAUGAAUGGCUUGAGAUAAGAGAAUCUUACCAGUGUUAGAACAUUUAAAACUUGUGUCUCAACUUCGAACAACUAAGAGAAUAUAUUUCUAUUCUUCCUAUAUCGUUAGUGUUAUAACGACGUGUAUUUUGAAUUGUAGAUAAGUAUAAGAGAGAGGCGAUAUUUCCUAUUAAAUGUAAAUAAAAUAUGAUGAAUCAACAUGGAUAAUAUUGUGAAUGAAGAUGAAAGUAACUCAAUGCAAUCUAUUUUAAUCGAUCGUAGAUAUGAUAAUUUGAGAAAUACGUAUAAAAGUGUAAGAUUUGUCCUUUUCUCUCAACAAUUGGUAUUUUUAUAUCUCAUCAUAUCUACUAUUGCUACUUAUUUUCUCAUUUGUUAUAUCUUUAUUUACUAGGGAAAUUGUGAUCUUCAACCUGCUAUAACUAAUUUAAUGAUAUCUUACAUUCAUUUGAGUAUUGGUAUAUUAGAUGUGUCAUUUUCAAUUUUGGUUAUUGCUGAUUUUGAUGCAUCUCAUGGAAAAAAUUCAAUAACAGCUAUGAAAGCAUGUACUAAAUAUCUUCAACAAAUCAAUACACUUGUUACAUCACUACUUGUAGUUCAUAAUGAUCUUCCAACAAAUGAUUGGACAAAACUUUUUCACCUUCUUGCAGAAAAUAAAUCAUAUCAAGACGUGAUUAAUGUUUAUUCGUUAUAUGAAUGA